AUGAACACGGUUUGUUUGUCUCUGGACUGCGCUCGCUCUUUUGGUGCUGGGUGCACUGCUUUGGGCUUCUCGGUCGCUGCUUCUCCCCGCCAAGAAAGAGGUAAAUGUAUGGUUGAUUCGUUCUCUUGGCCCUCUUGUACGGAAUCCGAAGUACUGGGUUUUAUAACUGAUCGGGUUGAUGUUGAGCGCUGGGCUUUAGUUUGUCAAGCAAUAACCGAAGCUUGGCUGGCCGGAAAUUCUUCGUCUGUCGGUUUUUUGGCUGUGGUAGAAGCCGGAGCAGUUGAAAAUGUCUGGGCUGCUCCCGUUGAUGCUCCCGUUGCUUCCGUCGUUGCUCCUGUUGCUCCCGUCGUUGCUCCUGUUGCUCCUGUUGCACCUGUUGCUUUUGUUGCUCCCGUUGCUUCCGUUGCUCCCGUUGUGUCUGUCUCUCCCGUUGCUCCUGUUGCGCCUUCCUCUCCCGUUGCUCCCGUUGUGCUUGUCUCUCCCGUUGCUGCCGUUGCUCCUGUCUCUUCCGUUGCUUUCGUUGCACCUGUCUCGCAUUCUUCGGCAGACAGUUUGCCUUCGUCUUUCUCUUGUCUGUCUUUGGGAGUAGACGAUAUGGAAAUUGAUUCUGCUGUGUCUGGUGUUGACUCUUUCUGGUCUUUGACCUUUUCGUCGUCUUCUUUCUUGUUUCCUCUCUUGGAACAAGAUAAUGACGUUUCCCCUUCCGCUGCUGUUGCUCGGGCCCUUGCGCCUUUUGCUGCUGGUGGCGCUUUGUUGUCUGGUUCUGUUCCUUUGUCUCCUUUUCCUACUGAGCCUGCUUUGGCAGGUGAAAUGGACCUUGAGGAGGUUAACCCUGUCACUGCUGUAGGUAGUGCGGUUGAUCCUGUUGCUCCCGUUGAGCGUGUCUCUGACGUUGCUUUCGUUUUUCCUUUUUCGCCUUCUUCGGCCGGCUGUUUGCCUUUGUCUCUCUCUUGUCCUUCUUUGGGAGGUGACAGUAUGGAAAUUGAUCCUGUUAUGUCUGGAGUUGGUUCUUUCUGGUCUUUGACCUUUUCGUCGUCUUCUUUCUUGUUUCCUCUCUUGGAACAAGAUAGUGACGUUUCCCCUUCCGCUGCUGUUGCUCGGGCCCUUGCGCCUUUUGCUGCUGGUGGCGCUUUGUUGUCUGGUUCCUUGUCUUUGUCCCUUUGUCCUGUCGAGCCUUCUUUGGCAGAUGAAAUGGACCUUGACGAGGUUGAACCUGCGUCUGCUGUGGGUAGUUCAGUUGCUCCUGUUCCUUUCGGAGGUGGUGUUUGUGGCUCCUCUUCUUUGUGGGCGGCCGGCGAGCCACAUUACGCCGAGUUUAAGUCUGUCGUGCCUGUUGGGGUCGACUUUGGGUUUUCUGGUCCCAUUGGGAAUAACAAUGCAAAAUGUAUGGACAUUAUCAUGGAAAUGUUACUAUUAGACUUAGAAAAUGACGGUAAUCUAAGGGGCAGAUACUUUCGAAGAAUAUUGACACAGGAUUAUACUUCUCUUUAG